AUGGCCCUUCCUUCCGAGGCCACGUUCCUGCUUUUCCCAGAGCGCCGGCUCACGGCGGCACCCCUUCAAGGCCAGACUUCGAACAUCAGAGUGCAGGUUGGGCUUGUGGGCGAGGAGACAGGACAUCAGAUGCCACCGGUGACCCUCUUGGCGCAGAACACCCAGUUUCAGGGUCCCGCCCAAGUCAAGCUCUGGGUGACGCCGUCUGCCGCAGCCUACGAGCCGCCGGCCAUGGACACGGUGGUCAACUCAACAGCCUUGGGAGUCGUGGAGAUUCCGAUCACCGAGCUGGGUCUACUGCUGAGCGCCCCGGUGGUGGAUUACUCCGUCACCUAUCCGCCAGGGAUGUUGUUCAGCACCUACUUCAUUGACCCGGCUGAGGGAGCUCCAUCAGCAUGGGGCCUGCUGGUGCGGGGAGCUGCCUCCGUAGAGGUGGCUCCGUCGAUGCUCUUGGCGAUCCCCAAGGUCACAUCUGUGUAUCCUCGCAUGGUGCCAUGGCUGGACCGCAGCCAGCGCGCGGUGGAACUGGACGAGGAUCCGAGCUUGCUGAUUGUGGGCCUGGGCUUCGUGAACACGAACUUGCUUCGAUGCCGCCUGGUUGACUCGUUUGGUGAUGCCAUCAUCUCGCCCUAUGCCUCCUUCAUCAGCUCUACACAGGUGCGAUGUGGUCUUCCACCCUUCGCACUUCCAGGAAGCUCCAAUGUGAAGAUCGAGGUGUCGAAUGAUGGUACGGAGUGGUCCAAAGAGAGCUUCGAGGCUUGUCACGCUGCGCCCAGCUUUCGGAUUCCCCACCGGGUCGAACACGGUGCAGGUCACGACGGCAUCCACUUUGCCAAAGGUGGCUACGAUUGGCUGCCUCUUUGGUCUGGGAGCGGAGUCGCGAUCAGAGGCCCCAAACUGAAGAAAGUGUUUUGUUUAUAUCUCUUUGUUAGAAGCCGCAUGGCGCUUUGGCUGGGGCUCCUCGUGGGCUUCUGGAGUUUGUGCGCGACAGCCGCUCACGAUGCCGCGGCCCUCAUGGCUGCGGAUGAUGAGUGCGGACAGGAGAACAGCAGCGCCUGUGUCGAGAAUCGGACAUGUGUCUUCAAACCCGAUCGAAGUUGGAGCCAGUGCGUGCCCUUGGACGACGACACCUUUCAGAAGGAGUGUAAAUAUUGGGACCGAAAACUGCGACUUUCCGCCAUCAACGAGACGGGCCUGACUUGCAACAGCGUCCUGUGCGAGUAUGACCAGGACUGUCCACUGUCCACGGUCUGCUUGUCAAAGCAAGACGGCAGUUGGGCCCAAUGCGUGCCCCUCACCAAGAAGGAGUUCCAAGAGUCUUGCGUGAAGUGGGAGGACGACUUCCGCCUGGCGGCGAUCGAAGCCACCGGCUUCAAUUGCCCGAAUACCCGAUGCUACUCCCAAGACUGGUGUGUCCGGGGAGCCCGGUGUGCAAUUCAAGCUGAUGGAACCUGGGGGCAGUGCAUUUCAUGCCACGAUGACAGCUUUCAGACAAACUGCUACUCCUGGAAGGCCACCUUCAUCUCCGCAGCAGAGAAGGCCUGCCACAGGAAGUGCCGGUAUGACCUGGAACCAGACAGUGAGGAAUAG